GUGGUUGCAUCUGGAGGGGCGUGUAAGACUUUCUGCCUGAAGAAAGCUACUAAGCUUCUUAUUCCUCAAAGAGGUGAAAAUCUUACUCUGAAGUUUUAUGAACACAGAAGAAAGUUCUUCCAUUCAGAAAUGGGGGACUAGUUUUGCUACCAACAGUAUGAAAGGUUCUGAGUUUAGCCCGGAAAAGGAAAAAAAGGUUAAAAUGCCAGCGAGGAGACUUGGUGAGGUAGUUUCUCUAAAUCAUGGAGAUAAUUUGGCUUUCCUGAAACAUGAGUUGCCCUGUGUUCCUCCAGCGUUGCCUGCAAAUAAACGUCUUUCCGUUAGAACCGGGACUAGCUUGAAUGGAACGUCACGUGGUUCAUCAGACUUAACUUCUGCUAGAAAUUUUCACCAGCCUCCGUUAGAAAAUUCUGCUGUGUCAGAAAGUGAUUUUUCCAAAGAUGCUGUAGUACAAGGGUUUUCUUUGGAUAAAACAGAAGAGAGCAACAAGCAAAAAGCAAAUGACAUCCUUAUUUCUCAGUACACAAUGGGACAGAAAGAUGCCAUAAGAACAGUUUUAAAGCAAAAAGCUCAAAGCAUGCCUGUGUUUAAGGAAGUAAAGGUACAUCUUUUAGAAGAUGCAGUCACAGAAAAGGAUGUUGUUACUCAGGAGACUAAAACCUCACCCAGUGGAAUUGAUUCAGCCACAACUGUGGCUGCAGCAACUGCUGCUGCCAUUGCUACAGCAGCUCCACUAAUAAAAGUACAGAGUGAUUUGGAAGCAAAAGUGAAUUCUGUUACAGAAUUACUUAAUAAAUUACAAGAGACUGAUAAACACUUGCAACGUGUUACAGAGCAGCAAACAAACAUUCGGAAUAAACAAGAGAAACUACAUUGUCAUGAUCAUGAAAAACAAAUGAAUGUAUUUAUGGAACAGCACAUUAGGCAUCUUGAAAAAUUACAGCAGCAACAAAUAGAUAUUCAGACUCAUUUUAUUAGUGCUGCACUCAAGACUAGUAGUUUUCAGCCUGCUAGUAUGCCCUCUUCCAGAGCAGUGGAAAAGUAUUCUGUAAAAACAGAACAUCCUAAUCUUGGUAGCAGUAAUCUAUCUACAUAUAACACGUUUGCUUCCAAACAAGCACCUAUAAGAGAGGUUGAAGAUAAACAGAAAUCUCCUUUGGAGACACCAGCACCUCGCAGGUUUGCUCCUAUACCUGUUUCAAGGGGUGAUGAACUGUUAAAGAGGGAAAAUCCUAUGGAAGAAAAAGAAAAUAUGGAAAUGUCAGGUCGUAGAGGAAAUGUUAGACUGUUGGAACAAAUUUUGGAUAACAAUGAUUCUUUGACAAGAACAAUGGAAUCAUCAGACAAUUCCUCACUAACUAGGUCAAAAAUAGGAUGGAAUCCUGAGAAAAGAAACAGAUUUCCUGCCUAUGAAGAGCUAGGAGCAGCUAAAGUGACUAUGCAGAAGUCUAAUGAUGUUCUUCAUGAUCUUGGCCAAAAGAAGAAAGAAACAAAUGACACUGAUCAGCCAAAAGAAUCUCUGAAUUUGUUGAGGCUUGCUGACCUUCCACAGAAUUCUGUUAAGCUUCAAACAACCAGUGCAACAAGAUCUGUACUGAAAGAUGCUGAGAAGAUUCUGAGAGGAGUACAAAACAAUAAAAAAGUACUUGAAGAGAACCUGGAAGCUAUUAUUCGUGCAAAAGAUGGGGCUGCCAUGUAUUCAUUUAUCAAUGCUCUAUCCACCAACAGAGAAAUGUCUGAGAAGAAUAGGAUCAGAAAGACAGUAGAUGAAUGGAUUAAAACUAUUUCUGCAGAAAUUCAGGAUGAACUGGCAAGAAAAGAUUAUGAACAAAAGAAAUUUGACCAGAAAUAUCAAAGGACCAAGAAAGCUCAGAAUUUGGGUAAAGAUAUUAAAACCAAUACACAAGACAAAACCAUAAACAAAUCUGUAAUUCCAAGAAAGCAUCCUCAAAAGCAAAUAGAGGAACAUUUUAGAAAUCCACCUAUGAGAAGUAUGCCUGCUUCAAGUUUACAGAAGGAGAGAAAAGAAGGGCUUUUGAAAACAAACCCAGUGAUAAAAGAUGAAGAUUAUAUGUUACAAGUUUAUGGAAAACCAGUUUAUCAGGGCCAUCGCAGCACUCUUAAAAAGGGACCAUAUCUCAGAUUUAAUUCUCCAUCUCCUAAAUCCAUCAAACCACAGAGACCAAAAGUAAUAGAACGAGUUAAAGGCACUAAAGUAAAGUCAAUAAGAACACAAACUGACAUUUAUGCAACAAAACCUAUGAAAAUGGAUUCUAAAGUGAAGCAUUCCAUUACUACACUACCUCAUGGCGAUCAGCAGUAUUUGUUCAGCCCAAGCAGAGAAAUGCCUACUUUUUCAGGUGCGCUGGAAGGUCAUCUAAUUCCUAUGGCAAUUCUUUUAGGACAAACCCAAAGUAACAGUGAUUCCAUGCCAUCUACGGGAGUAAUUGUAAGUAAGCCACACCCUAUAACAGUGACCACAUCUAUUCCUCCAUCAUCUCAAAAAACAGAAACUGGAGUAAAGAAACCUAACAUAGCAGUUGUAGAAAUGAAGUCAGAGAAAAAGGAUCCUCCUCAACUUACUGUGCAGGUAUUACCCAGUGUAGAUAUUGAUAGCAUUUCAAAUGGUAGUGCUGAUGUGGGUUCACCCCUGCUCAGUCCCAAAGAAGCAUGUCUUCCUCCUCUGCAAACCUGGAUACAGGCUCCAGAAAUUAUGAAGGUAGAUGAAGGAGAGGUGAAACUUCCAGGAACUAACUUUGAUGAAGUAAUUGAUGUCAUACAGGAAGAGGAAGAACAUGAUGAAAUUCCAGACUCUGAACCAGUUCUAGAGUUUAACAGAAGUGUUAAAGUUGAUGCUACAAAAUAUAAUGGUCCUCCAUUUCCACCAGUUGCUUCUACCCUUCAGCCUACUGCUGAUAUUCUGGAUAAAGUGAUUGAGAGAAAAGAAACAUUGGAAAAUAGCUUAAUUCGGUGGGUAGAACAAGAAAUAAUGUCAAGAAUUAUCUCUGGGCUCUUUCCAAUCCAGCAACAUGCCAUACCUGAUGUCAGUGUUUCAGUCAGUGAGGCAAGCGAACCACUGACUUCUGACAUUGUGGAAGGCACAAGCAGUGGUGCUCUACAGCUUUUUGUUGAUGCUGGAGUUCCUGUGAAUUCAGACAUGAUUAGCCAUUUUGUGAAUGAAGCUCUUGCUGAGAUUAUUGCUGUCAUGCUGGGUGACAGAGAAACAAAGAAGCAAGGACCUGCUGCUACAAGUGCUUCUGGGGAUGUUUCAACAAAUGAAACAUUCUUACGGGCAAGAGUAUGUACUCCAGUGGCUACCCCACAGCCAACACCUCCCUGCUCACCCUCAUCACCUCCUAAGGAACAGGUGUUAGUAAAAACUCCAGAUUCUUCUCCCUGCGAUUCAGCUCAUGAUGUGGCUUUUCCUGUGGACGAAGUAUUUGCUGAAAAUGGAAGUGAAAUGCCUGCCAUCACACCUUUUACUACUCCAGCAGUUACUCCUGUUGCUACACCUCCUCCAGCAGCAGCCCUUACUCCAACCUUGUCAGAGAUUUCCAUUGAUAAAGUGAAGGUAUUAGGUCCAGAGCUUCCCAAGCCAUGGGGUAAUGGAGACCUGCCACUGGAAGAAGAGAACCCGAGCUCUCUUCAAGAAGAGCAUCUUCAUCCAAAAGCCAUUGUAAUGUCUGUGGCUAAGGAUGAAGAACCUGAGAGUAUGGAUUUCCCUGCUCAGCCUGCACCUCCAGAGCCAGUUCCCCUUACACCAUUUUCUGCCAGCACCAAGGCUCCUUCCCCCUCACAGACACCAAAUUCUGGUUCGUCAACACUGGAAAGCACCUUGAGUGUCACUGAAACGGAAACUCUAGUUAGAACCAUCUCUGAAGGAGAAAUUUUAUGUAGCUAUGGUAAAAAAUUGGCUUCCAAGAUUUUAGGAGAUGGAGGAUUAUGUCUGACAAACCUAAAUGAUAGCUUAUCCAGCACUCUACGUGAUGCUCUUGAAAUGGAAGAUGAUCCUCCCAGUGAAGGACAAGUGACUACAGAUACAAUUCUUUCUCUUCAUGCUAAACAGAACCAGGAAUCAUUAGUGUUUCAGCAAGCAGUCUAUCAUUUGGAGGACUUGGAAAACAGUGUGGGUGAACUUAAUGAAGGACAGAGGCCCCGGCCAGUGGCAGCAAAGAACAUCUUAUCGGAACAUCCUCCGUGGAGGCAGCAACCUGUCACUAAUGCAGAGUCUCUGGGUCUUCAAUGUGAUUCUAAGCCGUUAUCUCAACAAUUUAACACAGUUUCAGGUGGUAUUUAUGCAGAUGAAUUUGCUAGUCACGGUCCAAUGAGUUUGAAGGAAUUGGAGUUGCAUCCAAAUUUUAACCGUGUUCUUCCCACAACACUUCUGACAGCACAAGAAAAUGAUAUUAUUUUACCAGUGGCUGCGGGAGAUUUUUCUCAGUACCAACAACAAAAGAAAGACCAGGAUGUUAAGCAAGUUGAAUAUAAAUCAACAGAAAGUUGUUUAAUACAUGUAAGAAGUAAACCUGAUAUUUCACCUUCACAGCAAGCUUUGCCGGAUGAUACAGAUCGGACACACAUUGAGCCCAAUGGGUACCUCACAUCUGUAUUUACAGGUGGGAAAGCAGCAACACAUGUCACUUUGCAGAUGCCACCUGCCAAGAUGUCCGUGAUGCUACCCUCAAUGAACCGUGAGGAUUGCUCUCAGCCUCUGAACAUGGGCAUGGUGCAGGGGGACACGGAGUCCUCAGGGACAGACACCUUCUGA